AUGGAUCCUUCCCAAUUUGAUGCCCUCACUCGACAAUUAGCUCAACUAGCCAAUAACCAGCAACAUGUACAAACUCAAUCAGCGGCUAUCCAAACUGAGAUGGUUGCUACUCUGUCCCAAAAUAGACGCUAUCGUCGUCGACGAGGUGAUCGACAACAUGUCAGACAUGAUCGUGGGGGUAGGGAUUAUGAUCGUGAGCGAGAACGAGACCAUUACCGCCAAGGUACUCAGUCCCCUACUCGCCAUGAAGAGCGCUUAUUCAGAAACAUUAAGCUAGAGGCCCCUACUUUUGAUGGUUGCCUAGAUCCUCGAGUUUUUACUCAAUGGAUUAGGGAUAUGGAUCGUUUCUUUACCUGGUAUAGAGUCCCUGAAGAUCGAAGAGUUCAAUUUGCUAGCCUGAAACUAACUGGCACUGCCCAACUCUUUUGGGAAAGUGUAGAGGAUCUCCUUGAGAGGCGUCAUGCGCCUCCUGUUGGGAGUUGGGAAGAAAUGAAACGUCGUCUUCAAGAGAAAUACCUGCCCCAAUCUUACAGGGGUAAUUUGCUGGACCAAUGGAAUGCCCUUACACAGGGCAAUCGGCCAGUGACUGAGUAUGUCACUCAAUUUGAUGAAUUCCAAAUGAGAUGUCAUAUUGUUGAGGAUGAGGCCAUGACUUUGAGUAGGUUUAGACAAGGCUUAAAAGAUGAUCUUAGGCGCGAGCUUGUCCUUCGGGGUGUCGCUACACUUGACCAUGCUUACUCUUUAGUCCGAGACUAUGAGUCGGUUAUGAGGACUCCGUAUGGAAGGCGUGGUGACAACCGCCCUUCCAUCACCCCAACAACCGCCCUUUCCCCUAAGUCUCUCUUAGGACCUCCACCAUCUAAUGUUUCCCCCGCAUGGGAAAAUAAGGGUAAAGGUCCUGAAAUUCCAAGGACUUCCUCCCGCUUGCAGUGCUUCAAAUGUAAGGGUUUUGGCCACAUUUCUUCCAAUUGUCCUAGUCGAACCCUAGUCAUUGAGGAACAUGAGGGUAUAGUUGAUGAACCGUUAGAAGAUCAAGUCUAUGAGCCUAAGCUUGAGGAGUUUGGUGAUUUAGGUGAUGAUGAGGAUACCUUCUUAGGUGCUGAUGAUUGGCAUCGUCAUGCCAUCUUUGAUACUUAUAUCAAAAUCAAUGAUAAGGGUUGUAAAAUCAUUGUGGAUAGUGGGAGUUGCAUUAAUGUGGUUUUUGUGGCUAUUGUGUCCCGUCUUGGAAUGCAACCAGUGCCUCACCCUCAGCCGUAUAGUGUUUCUUGGGUUGAUACCUCUUCCAUAGCUGUGAAAGAGCGUUGUCUGGUGCCUAUCCAGUUCUUAGAAUAUAAGGAUCGUAUAUGGUGUGACGUCAUUCCUAUGGAUGUCGGUCAUGUCAUUCUUGGCAGGCCUUGGUUAUUCAACUUAGAUGUGACCAUCCAUGGUCGAUCCAAUUCAUGUUCCUUUGUGUUUAAUGGAAAGAAGAUUCAUCUUAACCCUUUACCUCCAAAACCUGUUGGUUCACAACCAACAAAGAAAAUUGUGGAACGAAAAGGGUUAAAUAUCAUUAACUCUACGGAGUUUGAGCGUGCACUCGUGAGUGCUUCUGUUGUGUUUGCUGUGGUUGUUACGGAGGUUCCGUUGGCAUCUCCAAUAGUGGCCCCUGAUGAGGCCCAAUCAUUUUUUCAGGAGUUUUGGGAUGUCUUCCCUGAAGACCUCCCUGACCACUUACCUCCUCUACGAGAUAUUCAACAUGCCAUAGAUCUUGUCCCAGGAGCGUCCCUUCCAAACUUGCCUCAUUAUAGGAAAAAUUCCAUUGAGCAUGCUGAGCUCCAAAGACAAGUGGGUGAACUUCUUCACAAAGGCUUUAACCGUGAGAGUUUAAGUCCUUGUGCAGUUCCUGCCCUUUUGACUCCUAAGAAAGAUGGUUCUUGGAGGAUGUGCAUUGAUAGUCAUGCCAUUAAUAGGAUCACAGUGAAAUAUCGAUUUCCCAUCCCUAGGCUUGAUGAUAUGUUGGAUAUGAUGGUUGGUGCCACAAUAUUUUCGAAGAUUGAUUUAAAGAGUGGGUACCACCAAAUUAGGAUUUGCCAGGGUGAUGAGUGGAAGACUGCCUUCAAGAUGAAGGACGGCCUUUAUGAGUGGUUGGUCAUGCCUUUUGGACUAACCAAUGCCCCAUGUACUUUUAUGAGAGUGAUGACACAAGCUCUUCGGCCUUUCAUGGGUAAGUUCCAAGUCGUCUACUUUGAUGACAUUCUCGUUUACAGUAGGACUAAGGAACAACAUCUAGAUCAUCUCACACAGGUUUGUUCCACUCUUCGUGAAACAAAUCUAUAUGCUAAUGUGAAGAAAUGCUAUUUCUUCACCGAUCGGGUUGUCUUCCUAGGAUUCAUUGUAUCUUCUACUGGAGUAGCUGCUGACCCCACAAAGAUUUAG